AUGGAGUCCAGCGCCGUCGUCCCCGGCACCACGGCGCCGCUGCUUCCUUAUGCGUACGCGCCGCUGCCGUCGUCCGCCGACGACGCCCAUCAAAACCGGAGCAGCGGCGGCGUGAGGUGGCGCGCGUGCGCCGCCGUGCUGGCCGCCUCGGCGUUGGCGGUGGUCGUCGUGGUCGGGCUCCUCGCGGGGGGCAGGGUGGAACGGGUCCCGGCCGGAGGAGACGUGGCGUCGGCCACGGUGCCGGCGGUGCCGAUGGAGUUCCCGAGGAGCCGGGGCAAGGACUUCGGCGUGUCGGAGAAGUCCUCCGGUGCCUACUCCGCCGACGGCGGGUUCCCGUGGAGCAACGCCAUGCUGCAGUGGCAGCGCACCGGGUUCCAUUUCCAGCCGGAGCAGCACUACAUGAACGAUCCCAACGGCCCCGUGUACUACGGCGGAUGGUACCACCUCUUCUACCAGCACAACCCCAAGGGCGACAGCUGGGGCAACAUCGCCUGGGCCCACGCCGUCUCCAAGGACAUGGUCAACUGGCGCCACCUCCCGCUCGCCAUGGUUCCCGACCAGUGGUACGACAGCAACGGCGUCCUCACCGGCUCCAUCACCGUGCUCCCCGACGGCCAGGUCAUCCUGCUCUACACCGGCAACACCGACACCCUAGCCCAGGUCCAGUGCCUCGCCACGCCCGCCGACCCGUCCGACCCGCUCCUCCGCGAAUGGAUCAAGCACCCCGCCAACCCCAUCCUCUACCCUCCCCCCGGCAUCGGGCUCAAGGACUUCCGCGACCCGCUCACCGCCUGGUUCGACCACUCCGACGACACCUGGCGCACCGUCAUCGGCUCCAAGGACGACGACGGCCACGCCGGCAUCAUCCUCAGCUACAGGACCAAGGACUUCGUCAACUACGAGCUCAUGCCGGGUAACAUGCACCGCGGCCCCGACGGCACCGGCAUGUACGAGUGCAUCGACCUCUACCCCGUCGGCGGCAACUCGUCCGAGAUGCUCGGCGGCGACGACUCGCCCGACGUGCUCUUCGUGCUCAAGGAGAGCAGCGACGACGAGCGCCACGACUACUACGCGCUCGGGAGGUUCGACGCCGUCGCCAACGUUUGGACGCCCAUCGACCGGGAGCUGGACCUCGGGAUCGGCCUCAGGUACGACUGGGGAAAGUACUACGCCUCCAAGUCCUUCUACGAUCAGAAGAAGAACCGCCGCAUCGUCUGGGCAUACAUCGGCGAGACCGACUCCGAGCAGGCCGACAUCACCAAGGGAUGGGCCAAUCUCAUGACGAUUCCAAGAACGGUGGAGCUUGACAGGAAGACCCGCACAAACCUCAUCCAAUGGCCAGUGGAGGAGGUCGACACCCUCCGCAGGAACUCCACGGACCUCGGUCGCAUCACCGUCAACGCCGGCUCCGUCAUUCGCCUCCCCCUCCACCAGGGCGCUCAACUCGACAUCGAGGCCUCCUUCCAACUCAACUCUUCUGACGUGGAUGCUAUCAACGAGGCCGACGUCGGCUACAACUGCAGCACCAGCGGUGCCGCCGUACGGGGGGCGCUCGGCCCCUUUGGCCUCCUCGUCCUUGCCAACGGCCGCACCGAACAGACAGCUGUGUACUUCUACGUGUCCAAGGGCGUCGACGGCGGCCUCCAGACCCACUUCUGCCACGACGAGUCACGGUCAACGCGGGCAAAGGAUGUCGUGAAUAGGAUGAUUGGCAGCAUCGUGCCGGUGCUUGACGGUGAGACCUUUUCGGUGAGGGUGCUAGUGGACCACUCCAUCGUGCAGAGCUUCGCGAUGGGCGGGAGGAUCACGGCGACGUCGCGGGCGUACCCGACGGAGGCCAUCUACGCGGCCGCGGGGGUCUACCUCUUCAACAACGCCACGGGCGCCACCGUCACCGCCGAGAGGCUCGUCGUGCACGAGAUGGCCUCAGCUGACAACCAUAUCUUCACGAACGACGACUUGUAGAUGAAACCAAGUUGAGCUCGUGUUGCAUUCUUGUUAACGGCCGGUGAUCGCCUAUCUACACAUUCAUUUGGCAUUCGAUCGACGGGUUCCUUGGUCUUGGUGUCAUGGAUGGGGAUCGUACAAUAGUUUUUGAUUUGGUUUUUUUUUUUUUGUAUCGGGGUGAUGUAUGAAAUUAGAUGACUGUCCUGCCCCCAAGUCGUAACUAUCUGCAGGAGCCCUUCUGCAGUAACUAUGAUGACAGCGUCAUCUAUCAACUGUACCAGAUUACUUAAUUUCCAAAGGGGUUUCC